UUGAAAUAUCAGUAUCCUCGCCAGCUGCAAAGUCAAGCAGCAUAAAACUGAUUUCCAUUCAACCAAGAUACAGAUCCAAGAAAAUGAAUUCUCAGAGAUUCGAUUACUUCUUUGAUCUCCCGCCCGAGUUACGCGAGCAGAUCCUCUCAUACCUCUGUAUCGUUCCCGGCGGCGUCGUCGUUGGGCCAGAUGUCAACGAAUGGAACGACUUUGCUGGCAAUAAUCAUUUAGCCGCGACUCUGCCACGCGGCGACGCUGGUCGAGGGCGAAACGAGGGUAGAUCUAAGGCCCAGUCAAAAUCAAACCCGAGACCGCCCGUCAACUUAUUCCUCGCCUCGCCCGUGCUCUACCGCGAAGCCGGCGACCUCUACUACGGCCGUAACGUCUUCCACCUCAACCUGGCGACUGGGGCGUCUUGGGCGCGGAAGCGCCGCAUGCGUCGACUGCCGCGCCACCAUCGCUCGAACAGCAGCAGCGGCAGCGGCAGCGGCAGCAUGAUUGUGGGGUAUAGCUCGGAGUUUGGCUUAACCGUGACUCGGUCGCCAGUCAUGAGGCUGCUGACCGAGCCCGACGCGGCCGCCGCCCGGUGCAGAAUCGCCAGCGUCGUCUGCCAUCUCGUGCGGUUCGGAGAGCAGGCGCAGGGAUAUCUGGUCCCCGCGCUGGGGGACAUGGCGCUGGUGGGGAGGCUGAGGAGGGUACGGGUUGAUUUGCUCGGGGCGCCGCCAGGUUUAAGAGGAGGAGGAGGAGGAAAUGAAGGGCUGAUGAAGAAAGCUGACUUGGGUGGGAAUCCAGCGCUGAGGUCGCUGUUGGUGCUGCUGGCGGACCCGGACCUGGAGAAGGCCGAGUUGAGAGUCCCCAAGCGGUUCCAUGCAGGUUUCUGGUGUCGGUUUCACCACCCUUUGGAAGGGGAGGAAAGCUGCGCCAUGAUGAGGGGCUGUCAAGGCGAGGGAGAGGUCGGGUCGGGGGACCGCUUCGGGGAGUUCCUCAAGGUGGACAUCCGCAAGCUGGCAGAGGCCUGUGGCGCGCAAGGGCCUGAGUUCAGCAUCAAAAAGGUGGGCUGUGACUGAAGGUCUGUUGUAAUGAUCUACUCCGUAUAUACCACGCGGUUGUAUGUACACCAAUCCCGCAGCGAAGUAAGAAAUAGAAUGGC